AUGCCGGGAAAGCCCUGGAAUCGCUUACGGCAGCGAGCAAAACUACUAUGGCGACCCCCCUCAGCCGUUUCAGUAGUAACUACGACCACUAUUGAGACAUCGAAGCAGAUUCCACAAGGGCUGUAUGUGAUUUUUGAAGGGGCGAACCCAGUGGUGGACAUCCUUGCCGUACAUGGCCUCAACGGCCACCGGGAUAAGACUUGGACCGCAGCCAAUGGGACGCACUGGCUUCGUGACCUUCUACCAGAAGAUAUCCCCCACAGCCGUAUUCUGUUAUGGGGGUACGACUCUCGAGUGCGAGGCACCCCUCGCGUGAGUUCGUUGAACAUAGAGGAGCAUGGACAGAGCCUUGUGUCAGAUCUGUGUUUGCUAAGGGAAACUACCAACACAAUGAAAAGACCCAUUAUUGUGGUUGCACACAGUCUGGGUGGAUUAAUCGUGAAGAGCGCAUUGCUCCAUUCGGAUCACGCUUCUCAUGGCUCGCUUCACCCUCAUCGCUCCAUCACAUUAUCCACCCAUGCUAUCAUAUAUAUGAGUACACCUCAUCAAGGUGGCAACGGCGCACAGCUGGGCCAGAUGCUGGCAAAUAUUGCCUCGGUGUUUGUGCCGGCUGAUGAUCAUUUGAUCCGGCAUUUAAGGCAAGAUUCUGAAUGGUUGAAACACUUGUCAAAGGGCUACGGCCGGAUUUGUGAUGAGUUUGUGACCAAAUUUGCGUACGAGGAGUAUGAGACACCGACUGUCCUCGGGCAUUCCCUCAUGGUAGUGCCACGCACUUCGGCGGUACCGGCAGAUCAAUCAGACGCUGAACCAAUCGUCAUACACGCAGAUCAUAAGAAUAUGGUCAAAUAUUCGUCAAGAGAGGACGACGGCUAUAGGACCAUUUGUGGUCAUAUCCGGCUCCUAAUUUCAGACUCUAGUGAGCAUGUGAAAUCGAAAUGGGAGAUGGACUCCCGGAUUGAUGAAGCUAGACAUAUGACUAUACACGGCGACGAAUUUUCCCUUCCAUUGAGUUUAGCUGGUGUUUGUGAAGCUGUUCGCCUUAUUGCCAGGAAACCCGAGUUAAAACAGCUCCACGAUUUACUAUCAAAGGCCGAAGCACGGCGUAUUGCGAUCCUUCAUGGCCUAGGCGGAGUGGGAAAGACCCAACUAUCGGUAGCUUAUGUCAAAUCCUACGAGCAGCAUUAUUCGGCGGUCAUAUGGCUGAAUGCCAAAGACGAGAUAUCACUUCGGCAAAGCUUCUCUCAAACAGCGGAGCGAAUAUUACAGCAUAAUGGAUCUUUGGGGUAUAUCAGAGCAGCGCUGGAAAGCGCCGAAUCGGAGCAGAUCUUGGCCGCAGUUAAGAAGUGGCUUGAUCAACCUAACAAUGUCCGAUGGCUUCUGAUAUUCGAUAACUAUGAUAAUCCGGAAUUUGGUACAAAUGAUGCCGGGGACGUAACCCGAACGCAAUCCGAGAACAAAGCUCCAGCUGGCUACGACAUUCGUUCCUAUUUCCCACACAACUACCAGGGUGCAAUUAUUGUUACAACAAGGAUUCCAGUAACUGGUGUGGGUGAAAUGCUCCAUCUAGGAAAGUUUCAGGAUAUCUCAGCGAGCUUGGAAUUAUUAAGUCUUGCAUCUAAUCGCGAAGAGGUCCUCCAAGAUCCCGCGGCAAUUGAAUUAGUGAAACUUCUUGACGGACUUCCCCUAGCCCUAUCUACUGCUGGAGCAUACCUUUAUCAGGUAUCUACAAGCUGUUCUGAAUAUUUGGAGUUGUAUAAAAACUACUGGCUACAACUUCAACGGUCGAGCCCAACGUUGUUAUCAUAUGAGAAUCGAGCGUUAUACUCGACAUGGGAUGUAACCUAUGCUCAAAUUCAGCAAAAAAGCCAGGCUGCAGCAAUGCUCCUCAAACUUUGGGCCUAUUUUGACAAUGAAGAUCUUUGGUAUGAAUUGCUGCAAACAAGCACCGACGGGCCACUCUGGUUGCGAGAAAUCACCAGCAAUCGCAUUUCGUUCGAUAUGACCAUGAGAUUGAUAUGCAAUCACGGUCUUGCUGAGGCAAAUUCUGACGCCGAAUACGGAGCGUUCUCGCGUGGUUACAGUGUUCACCAAUGCGUUCAUGCGUGGAUGAAACACGCGCUCAAUCCCGAGCCCGAUGUUGAUUUAGCUCUCAUUGCUGUUAAGAGCGUCGCCUUCUGUGAUUCUGGGAGCGACGGGGAACAAAAACGGCAGAUUCAGAGACGGCUAUUAUCACAUGCUGAAAUUUGUUCGGCUCAUUCAAUCGAAGAGCUGGAAACUGAGAAUAUACCGCUUAUUUACUAUCAUUUGGGAGACCUCUGUAGCGAUCAACAGAACUACGAAAAAGCGAUAAAACUUCUCAACAAGGCGUUAGACAUACAUGAGCGAAGAUGGGGACCGGAUCACGCCUUGGCUAUGGACUUGGUUCUCAACCUCGGACUUGUUCUCGGCUACCAGGAGCGAUACAUUGAGGCCGAAGACAAGCACAUCCAGGCUCUCAGGACCGCGGAGAGAUUAUUUGGUCCCAACCAUGAGAGAACUUUGAAUAUUGUGGAGGGCCUCGCUGUUAUUUAUGCCAGGCAAGAGCGUUUCAUCGAUGCAGAAGCCAGGCUUCAGCAAUGCUUAGCCGGAAAAGAGAUAAAUCUCGGACUCGACGAUGUUUCUACUUUUAACACCGACAAUAAUCUCGGAUUAAUUCAUUUCCAUUUAGGCCGAUAUGACGCGGCGGAGGCCUCCUUUCAGAGAGCACUUCGAGGCAAAGAGCUGCUUUUAGAUGACGGAAACAUCUCAAUUCUGAAAACGAUCCACAGCCUCGGAGAUUUGUACAAAGAAUGUGGAAACUUCACCAAGGCCAAGGCAUAUUUUGACAGAUCACUUAGUGAAUUGGAGGGAGUUGUAGAAAUCGACUACGUCUUCUCAGUUGAUAUACUGACGGGAGUUGGGGAUCUUUGUAUUCAGCAGGGCUAUUUCGGGAAAGCUGAAACAACCUUAUACCACGCUCUUGAAGAGGCUGAAAAAUCACUAGGAUCAGCUCAUCUGGUCACACUCGACGCCGUCUACUACUCUGCCAGGCUUCAUAUGUUUCAAGCUCUAUAUAAGAAAUCCGAGGGCAUGUAUAUGAGAGCUCUUGAAGGAUACAAGAACAAGCUCGGUGGAGAGUGUGUUUCAGCUCUCAAAGCCAAGAGCGGUCUUGGGGAACUCUACCGGCGCCAAGGAAGGUUCAACGAGGCGGCGGACAUGCUUCAACAGGUACUAGAGAGUCGAGAAAAGGUGCUUUCUCCUUCACAUCCCUCGACACUAACUGCGAUCAAUGAGAUUGGUUUGCUGUUUGCAGUACAGAACUAA